CUUGAGCUCUAUCACAACGAAAGCAUACUUAACAAUUAUCAUAACCUAACUACCCCUGUUCCACCUGAUUAAAAUCCCACGACGAGGACCGAACCAAGCCUCCGCAAUGCCCCUCAUCCUUCAACUCCCCGACCAUUCCAGUGUAAUCAUUGAACCUCCAGGGUCCGGUGGAUCACUGAUCGACGCUGACUAGUAGUCCCUCGCUCCCCAACACUGCCAAUGACGACCGCUCCUAGUUUUAUUAGUCGAUUAUGUGUCUCAGGUUGAGCUAUUUUGACUCGUUAGGCAACCAGUUAUCUUUGAUGCUGUCUGAGGGGGGGAGGGGGACACACCAGAUGUUGUGGAGUGAGUAAGUAUAUAAAAGGGUUUCAAGUGUAUAAGCUGUCUGCUGUGGCAUCGUAUCAACACAAUUUUCGCCCAGCAUCACCUCAACACACACACACACACACACACACACACCGGUACUUAGAUACCACAACCUCACAACACAAUGAAGACCUUUUUGUCGACAGCAGCGCUCCUCACCGCAGCCCUGGCCCAGAACGCCGCCAUCGGUCUCCCCAAAGCCGAUCAAACCGUCCAGCCUGGAGAUACCCUGACCGUGCAGGUCCAGCGUCCGAACACCAUCACCGGCUCCCAAGAAAUGGCCCUCGCCAUCGGCUUCCAAUCCUGCGCCACCAGUGGCAGCUGCUUCCCCGUGGAUGAGGACAUGGGGACGAUCCUCUACAACGGCGCCUUUGCCCCGGCAUAUCAUGAGACUUACCUGCCUCCCUAUGAGAACUUUACGGUGACGGUGCCGGCGUCUGCGCCGGCUGGGAAGGCGGUUAUUGGGGUGGCGCAUGCGACGUUGGUUGGGGCGUCUGCGUAUCCGUUCUUGGAGGUGCUGAAUCAGACUGUUGUUGUGGCUUAGUUGGGAUGUGCUGGAGUUCUGGUAAAUAGUACAGGUAGAUGAGUGUGCAGAUUGGUGGUUGGGAGCGAGAGAAUACUACUGUAUUAUGUUUCAUCGCUCAUUGGUGUAUAUAGCUAUGCAUAAGUAAUUCUGGAAUUCAGACGCCCGGCAUGUAGCUC